AUGCGUGAGAUCCUGCACAUCCAGGGAGGCCAAUGUGGCAAUCAGAUCGGAGCUAAAUUCUGGGAGGUUGUAUGUGCUGAGCAUGGGAUUGAUUCCACCGGAAGGUAUAAUGGGGACAACGAUCUUCAACUCGAGCGCGUCAAUGUUUACUACAACGAAGCCAGUUGUGGUAGGUUUGUUCCACGGGCGGUGCUCAUGGAUUUGGAGCCGGGUACUAUGGACAGUCUCCGAUCAGGUCCGUACGGUCAGAUUUUCCGGCCCGAUAAUUUCGUGUUUGGGCAGUCCGGUGCGGGGAAUAACUGGGCGAAAGGUCAUUACACCGAGGGCGCUGAGCUUAUUGAUUCGGUUUUAGAUGUUGUACGGAAAGAAGCUGAGAAUUGUGAUUGUCUUCAAGGUUUCCAGGUAUGCCACUCUUUGGGUGGUGGGACUGGGUCCGGAAUGGGAACACUUCUCAUUUCCAAGAUCAGAGAAGAAUAUCCUGACCGCAUGAUGCUUACUUUCUCUGUAUUCCCAUCUCCAAAGGUUUCUGAUACUGUUGUGGAGCCUUACAAUGCAACCCUCUCGGUGCACCAGCUUGUUGAGAAUGCAGAUGAGUGUAUGGUGUUGGACAAUGAGGCUUUAUAUGACAUUUGCUUUAGAACCCUGAAGCUUACUACACCAAGCUUUGGAGACUUGAAUCAUUUGAUUUCUGCUACCAUGAGUGGGGUAACUUGCUGCCUCCGUUUCCCUGGACAGCUCAAUUCUGAUCUCCGCAAACUUGCAGUCAACCUUAUCCCCUUCCCUCGUCUGCACUUCUUCAUGGUUGGAUUUGCACCACUAACAUCUCGUGGGUCUCAGCAGUAUCGUGCGUUGACUGUACCUGAGCUGACCCAACAGAUGUGGGAUGCCAAGAACAUGAUGUGUGCAGCUGAUCCUCGCCAUGGUCGGUACCUGACAGCAUCCGCCAUGUUCCGUGGUAAAAUGAGCACCAAGGAAGUCGAUGAGCAGAUGAUUAAUGUGCAAAACAAGAACUCUUCCUAUUUUGUGGAGUGGAUCCCUAACAAUGUGAAGUCGACCGUAUGUGACAUCCCUCCAACGGGGCUGAAAAUGGCUUCAACCUUCAUUGGUAACUCGACAUCAAUCCAGGAGAUGUUCAGGCGGGUGAGUGAGCAAUUUACUGCUAUGUUCCGGAGGAAGGCUUUCUUGCAUUGGUACACAGGAGAGGGAAUGGAUGAGAUGGAGUUCACAGAAGCGGAGAGCAACAUGAACGAUCUAGUAUCUGAAUACCAGCAGUAUCAAGAUGCAACUGCAGAGGAGGAAGGAUAUGAUUAUGAAGAUGAUGAAGAAGAACUUGAGGAUGGUGCUUGAGUUGAGAGCUUUGGUUUGUUUGCUGUGCUGUAAAUGACUGAGUGGUUUUUUUGAGCCACCUGCUUGGUGGCUUGUAUUGCAAUUGGGUUGAUAUUACUUAGCUUAGGAGGUUUGGAGACAUGAUUUGUGUUAAUUUCACUCUGCUUAUAUAAUUCUGGUGUUUCUUGUUUUAUGUUAUAAUUAAUGAAAGCUUUCAUCUUUUACAUGAC